UGGGGCCUUGACUGAGCUGCUGCCAGCCUAGAUGGAACCAGCUGAGAGUAUGGGGCUGGGGCAUGGAGCUCCACCCUGCAGGAGACACCCUGACCCUGAGCUGUGGGGAGCCAGGGAAGUGGCAAGCGAGCCUCCACCAGCCCUGUGCCCCAAGUUCUCCUGGGUUCGGCAAGCAUCGCAAUCCCCACGGCACCGGCACCGGCAUGAGGAGCCCCCUGGGGGCUGUGGGGCCACCAGGAAAGACCCUGGGACCAACGGGCAGUGAAAGAGUUAACAGCAGCAGCCGGCCCAGCCCUUCUCUUCGAGAAAAAACUCCCUGUAGAUGCCUGGCCUGCCUCCAGGGCCGAGCUGUAGGAGCUAAAAACUGGAAGUUCAGACCUGUGGCCAGCUCUGCCUCUGUAGCAAGCGCUGGAGGAGGGUGGCGGCCUGGCCGCUGUGUCUGUCCGUCUCUUGUCUGUCCCUCCAUAAACCCAUGUGGCUGGCUGGCUGGCUGGCUUCCUGUUGGUCCUUCGUAAACCUGCUUACCCACCUAUCUGUAAGCCUAUCUGUUAUCUUUUCUACCCAGUUGUCUGGCCUGUGUGAUAACUUCUAUCUCUGGACCCACUGUUUUUUUUUUUUUUUUUCCCUCCCAAUCUAUCUGAUUGCCUGAGUUUACCUGGAGAGUUUCUUUUCCACUUGUCUGCCAGUUUGUUCCUCUGUCUGUCCACCACCCUGUGUGCCCACCUGCCUCCCCUCUCUCCCUGGACCCCUGAGUCAUGGCCUGGAGUCACAGGGCCACAGUCUGCCUGGUCCUGCUAGGUCUGGGUCUGGGUCUGGGUCUCAUUGUGUUGGCGGUGGCUCUUUCUCAUCAUCGCGCCUCCUGUGGCCCCGAUGCCUUUGCCCGCGCUGCCGUAGCUGCUGACUCCAAGGUCUGCUCAGACAUUGGACGGGCCAUCCUCCAGCAACAGGGCUCGCCUAUGGAUGCGGCCAUCGCAGCCUUGAUCUGUACCGGUGUCGUGAACCCACAGAGCAUGGGCCUGGGCGGAGGGGUCAUCUUCACCAUCUACAACGCAACAACAGGGAAGGUGGAAGUCAUCAAUGCUCGGGAGACAGUGCCAGCCAGCCAUGUCCAAGGCCUGCUAGACCAGUGUAGAAAGGCCCAGCCACUGGGCACAGGGGCCCAGUGGAUCGGGGUUCCGGGGGAGCUCCGUGGCUAUGCCGAGGCCCACCGCCGGCACGGCCGCCUGCCUUGGGCUCAACUUUUCCAGCCCACCAUCACUCUGCUCCGGGAAGGUUUCCGUGUGCCCUCGGUCCUCAGCCAGUUCCUUAACAACAGCCUCCUGAGGCCCUCCUUGUAUUCAUCAACCCUGAGACAGCUCUUCUUCAAUGGGACAGAAACCUUGAGAUCUCAGGACCCAUUUCCGUGGCCUGCACUGGCCAACACCCUGGAGACCGUGGCCACGGAGGGUGCGGAGGCCUUAUACACAGGGAGGCUGGGCCGCAUGCUGGUGGAGGACAUUGCCAAGGAAGGAAGCCAGCUGACAGUUCAGGACUUGGCGGCCUUCCAGCCUGAAGUGGUGGCUCCCCUGGAGAUGCCUCUAGGAAACUACACCCUGUACUCACCACCACCACCUGCAGGGGGUGCUAUUCUUAGCCUCAUUCUCAACGUGCUGAAAGGGUUCAACCUCUCUGCAGAGAUGGUGGCCCGGCCGGAAGGGAAAGUGAGCAUGUACCAUCACCUUGUAGAGACACUCAAGUUCGCAGUAGGGCAGAGGUGGCGGCUAUGGGACCCACGCAGUCACCCAGGGAUACAGAACACCUCCCAGGACCUUCUGGGGGAGGCUCUAGCCCAGCACAUCCGCCAGCAGAUCGAUGGCCGCGGCGACCACCAGUUCAACCACUACAACCUGUCCGGGGUCAGGGGCAACAGGAUGGGCACCUCUCAUGUGUCCGUGUUGGGAGAGGACGGCAGUGCUGUGGCAGCAACCAGCACCAUCAACACACCCUUUGGAGCAAUGGUGUACUCACCUCAGACAGGCAUCCUCCUGAACAACGAGCUACUGGACUUGUGCUGGAGGCAUGUAGAAGGUUCCACGGUCACUCCUCCGCCUGUUCCAGGUGAGCGCCCACCAUCUUGCAUGGUUCCCUCCAUCCUGGUCAACAAGGCCCAGGGAUCCAAGCUGGUGAUUGGUGGGGCGGGCGGGGAGCUCAUCAUCUCUGCUGUGGUCCAGACCAUCAUGAAUAAGCUGUGGCUUGGCUUUGACCUGACAGAAGCCAUUGCAGCCCCCAUCCUACAUGUGAACAGCCAGGGCCACGUGGAGUAUGAACCCAAGUUCAACCAGGACGUGCAGAAGGGGCUACAGGACCGGGGCCAGAGUGAGAGCCCACGACUGUUUUUCCUGAAUGUGGUCCAGGCUGUGUCCCAGGAAGGGCCCUGUGUCUAUGCGGCAUCUGACUCGAGGAAGGAUGGAGAGGCUUCGGGAUAUUAAGAUGGCUUUGCCCCGAGCUAGGAUCUGACUCACUAUAAGUUUGGUGCCUCAGACAGAGGAGGCUGGAGGUCCAAGUGCUCCAGGACCUGGAUCCUUUGCCGUGAGAUCAACCUGGGACUGAAAAGGACAGGGACCAGCUCGGCAGAUGAACGAUGGGAGCAGGAAGGAUUGACUUGUUUGUGGUCCCUUCGCGACACCUCCUGUGGCCCUGCUCUGCCUCUUCUAGCCUCAUGCCCAUCCUCUAAAUGGUCUCUCUACCAGUCCAGGAUUAAAGAGGAGCCACACUGUG